UAUAGAUUUCUUUAGUUCAUUACAUUUAAAUGGAUUUUAAGAAUUCUUGAUAUCUAAUAUUUUUUUAUUAUUACAAAAAUAAAAAUUCAAUUUACCCAACAAAUUUGUGAAUUAUUUUUUUUUUUCGACAAUUUAGUGAAUGAAAAAAUUUAAAUUAUUCAUGGCAGAAUAUUAAAAAUUUACAAUGGGCCAAACUUUGAGUGAACCAGUGACGACAAAGAAGACGGCUUGUUGUAGAAAUGAUAAUUUUCGAGUGGGAAGUUCAAGUAUGCAAGGAUGGCGUGUGAGCAUGGAAGAUAGUCACGUUCAUAUUCUUUCUCUACCUGAUGAUCCAGGAACUGCAUUCUUUGGUGUUUACGAUGGGCAUGGGGGAGCAGCAAUUUCACAACACAUAAGUAAACAUCUUCACGAGUAUAUAACAAACAGAAUUGAGUAUCAAAAUGGAAAUAUAAGUUUAGCGAUACAAAAAGCUUUUUUGGAAUUGGACAAAGAUAUGCAGCAUGAGUCAAUUUUAAGAGAGAAACAAGCCGGUUCAACUGCCAUCACUUUACUUAUUAAAGAUAACAUUCUUUACAGUGCGAACGCAGGCGAUAGUAGAGCGGUCGCUUGUGUUCGUGGACAUUCUGUUCCUUUGAGUCUAGAUCACAAGCCAAAUUUGGUACUUGAAAAAAAGCGUAUCGAAGCUGCAGGUGGUUGGGUCGAAUUGGGAAGAGUCAAUCGACAUUUGGCAUUGUCACGUGCAUUUGGGGAUUUUAUGUUUAAACAAAAUAAUCGUAAAACUCAAGAGGAACAAAUAGUCACUGUGCUUCCUGAUGUAAAAGAAUUUGAAUUAACAGAAGAUUGGGAAUUUUUAAUAUUGGCUUGCGAUGGAAUUUGGGAUGUAAUGAAAAAUCAAGAUGUAGUGAAAUUUGUGAGAAGUAGAUUAGCUGCAUGUCAGCAAAAAAUUGAUGGCGAUCAAGAACAAAAAUUUGUUGAUCCCGAAGAAAUAUGUGAGGAAUUAUUGAAACAUUGUUUAGCGCCUGAUGUAUUAAUGGAAAUUGGUUGCGACAAUAUGACCGUUGUUCUUGUAUGUUUACUUCAUGGAAAACCAUAUUCACAUCUAGUCACUAAAUGCCAACAACCACCAGCUGAAUCAGUUUUCAAUUCGAUAGGCGAUGCCUCAACAAUUCUCGAGAGUUGCAUAUAACAAUAAAAAAAAAUAAUUCGCGCGCUAUUUACACAUUAUAUUUAUAGAAAUUUUUUUUUUUUUAAUUGCUCGUUGUUAACUAACUUGUUAUUGUCCUAUAUAUAUUUUUUAAAUCUCUAUAUCCUGUUUUUUUUUCUCUUUUACAAAUCAAAAGAUUCGAUUAUACAUUGUUAAAUCCGUCGUGCAAAAUCUAGAUACACGAGUAAAAUUUGUGAUAUGUACUAUAUAUAUAUAGUUAAGAUAAUCGAAAAGCUAUGAUCCAAGGAAAAAUAUUUCCAAAAAAAAAAAUUCCUGUUAAAUUAUUCCUCGUUGAUUUUAAUAAAAAAAAAAGGUAAAUUUUAA